UAUACAUUUAUGAACAUAAAACAUUUAUGGAUACUGUUUUCAUAUUUACCGCCAUUGUUUAUAAAUAUAACACUGUUUCCUGUAGUUGCGCGUGCGCAUCCUGAUAGCGUCACUCGCCAUUUUUCAUUCUUUGUUUACAUAUUCCUGUGAAAGUUUUUAACUAUUUUUCGAUAUCUGAAUGGAUGUAUAGCACUUGAGAUCAAACGAAUAACAUCCUACACCUUCUAGAGACUUGGCACAACGCAUCUGAGCAACCAUUUUACCUGCAUCUCUAUAUUUUCAUAUUCGAUUACAGCGAUUAACCAUCUUCAUUCAGGAUUAUGGCUUCUCGUCCAAAGAGGCGUAGGACCAAACCUUCCUCAACCGAUAACCAAUCUACCCAGCCAGAUAACGAUUCAACCCAACUGAAAAACCUAGUUACAGAAUGUAUGGCUGCAGCGUUACCUAUCAUCGAAAAGACUGUAAAAGAAUGCAUGUCCAAAUUGAACACCGCACAACCAGCAGCCAGCCAACAGCCAGCAACGACUGGACAGCCGGAAGACAGAUCGGAUGAAGUCUCAAAUACUUCGACGUUCAAUACCAUUGUAAAUAAUCAAGACACCACCACAGGUACUAAUGCCUCAAUUUCUCAAAAUAAUUUGCAAGAGAAUAUUUCCCAGGUGGGAAUUUCAAAACCUGUGGGACUGGGGGUGGACAUGAAAAUUAAAACCAAAAUAUUCGCAAAUGAAUAUAUCAAACUUGCCACUUUAAUCCCCAAGUCAAGCUUUGAGCAGGAGCCAAAAUUCAAAUCAGUCGAGAAAGAUGGACAAUUGAUUUUUAUUAAAUCUAAUGACACCUCCCAAAUAAAAACCAUUGCACAGUGGAUGGAGACCUUUCAUGUCUUUGUGGCGAUCUACUGCGUAAAAUACCCGGACGAGGUUGGGCAGCUCAUGACAUACGCACAAAUCAUUCAGGGCAUAGCGAAGUCCUGUGGAGAUGAAGCUGCCAUAAGUUACGACGAGAAAUUCAGACAGUGGCGUCAAGUUGCCCCACGUGCUUGUCCUUGGGAUACAAAAAACUCUGAACUUUUUCAUGAUGCAAUGGUUCAAGGUUUUGAAGCAAAAACAAAAGUAAAGAAGCAGCCCUUUCGUGCAACUCCCUCAAAACAGAAAUACUGCUUCACGUUUAAUAAUACAGGCUCCUGUAACAGAGGAAACUCUUGUCCAUAUGCACACAUAUGCCAAUACUGCUCCAAUAAACACUCGAGGCUUCACUGCACAAAAUAUAAGCAAGGCCAACACAGUGCAGCAAAUGCAAAACCCUCCAAUAAUGACCAGCGCAAGAAACCCUCAACCCUCACCAAAAAAGAUUGAUGAAUCUGUUGUUACCCCAAUAAAUGCUGACAAAUUUGCUGAAUAUCUUCAGGACUAUGACCCUGCUCUAUCAAACUUUUUAAUCGAAGGUUUUAAAUCAGGUUUUAGAAUUCCAUACCAAGGCCCUCGUGAGUUCCGACUUUCUAAAAAUUUAGCUUCUUUGCAGGGAAAGGAAGGUGUUUUGUGGCAAAAGUUAAAUAAUGAGAUAGAAUUGGGUAGAGUAGCUGGUCCAUUUCCCUCCCCCCCAUUUCCUAAUGUGCAAGUUUCACCUCUUGGCCUAGUUCCUAAAAAGAACCCUGGUGAAUUUAGAUUGAUUCACCAUUUGUCUUAUCCCGAAGGGUUGUCAAUCAAUGACCACAUUCCACAUGAAUUUUGCACCGUGCAGUACCAAACCAUAGAGCAUGCUAUCUCAAUCAUUAGGGAUAUUGGGGUGGGGGCACUUUUAGCUAAAACUGACUUAGAAAACGCUUAUAAACAAGUACCAGUUCACCCUAGUGACUUUGAAUUGUUAGGUUUUAGUAUUCAUGAUCAAUUUUAUUUUGAUAAAACUCUCCCCUUCGGUCUUAGUUACUCUUGCAACCUCUUCGAGAAAUUCAGUUCAGCCUUGCAAUGGAUCCUUCAUGCAAAAUUUGAUGUUGCACACUGUGUGCACAUUCUUGAUGACUUUCUCUUUAUUGGUUACCCAAACUCACAAGGGUGUCAUAAUGCACUUCAGGCAUUCCACACUCUCGCAAAUGACAUCAACCUACCAAUUAAGUCUGAGAAAACAGUAAUGCCGUGUACUACACUGACCUUUAUGGGCCUAGAAAUAGAUUCCAUCAAAUUUGAGAUAAGACUGCCAGAAGACAAAUUACAUCGCCUGAAAGAUACAAUAUGUAUUUUUAAAAGGAAGCGUACUGCUACCCUACAUGAGUUACAGUCCCUCAUUGGCCUGUUAAAUUUCGCAUGCUCGGUAGUGCCACCUGGAAGAACAUUUCUUCGUAGAAUCAUUGACCUAACUAAGGGUAUUAGAAAGUCUUAUCACCACCGCAGGUUGAAUGCUGAGGCUAGGGCAGACCUACAUGCUUGGUCUAUUUUUCUAGAACAUUUUAAUGGUAAAGCACUUUUCCAUUCUGGGGAAAUAUACACUUCCAAAUCCCUACAUCUUUAUACAGACGCUAGCAAUUUAGGAUUUGGGUGUACUUUUGGCAGGAAAUGGUUUUACGGCCCCUUUCAGCAACAGUGGCUAGAAUACCAUAUUUCAGUAAGAGAAUUUUUUCCCAUUGUCCUCGCAAUGGAAAUGUGGGGUGAGGGGCUCUCAAACACAUCAGUUGUAUUACACUCAGACAACAGUGCGGUGGUUCAUGUUAUAAACAAAACCUCCUCCAAGGAUCCCAAUUUGAUGAAAUUAAUGAGACGUCUUAUGGUAGCAUCUUUAAAAUUCAACAUUCAUUUCCAUGCUGAACAUAUCCCAGGUCUUCAUAAUAUUGCACCUGAUCUUCUCUCUCGCUUGCAGAUACAAAGAUUCAAGGAACUCUUUCCCAACAUGGAUAUGGAAGAAACGAUGGUUCCGCACAAGCUCCUACACCUCUGAUCAGAACAGCAGACUUUCUUAUUAGGAACUCCCUCUCAGAAGACUCUUUGUCAUCCUAUAAGAACAUAUUUGCAACUUACAAACGUUUCAUUCAUGCCCAUGUUGAUAGAAAUGCAGAUCCCCUGCCACCAUCGCUUUCUCAUUUGUUACUUUAUAUUGCGCAUUGCUACCAGUUAGGCUUGGCUGCUUCAACGACCCGCACACACAUAGCUGCACUAAGCUUUACCUUUCAACUCGGAGGCUAUCAAGACCUUACACAAAGCUUUCUGAUCAAAAAACAAUUACAAGGAUUUAGCAAGGUUAAGCCAUCUAUUGACAAUAGAUUACCUAUAACACCAGACAUUUUGUCAAAAGUUGUAGCCGCUCUACCAUCCAUAACAACUUGUGCCUUUAACAGCACACUACUUCACGCUAUGUUUGUUCUGGCUUUUUGUGCCUUCCUAAGGGUGGGAGAAAUCACAAAAACAGCAGGCGCCAAGCAGCACUAUCUGUUAGCUGAGCAUGUUACUUUCCAAAAAGAUUCUGUUACAGGCAAUUCCAUAAACCUUACAAUCCCUCACUUCAAGCAUUCUAAUCAGUCUACCACUCUGCAUAUUCAGCAAAACAUGGCCAACCCAUUGUUAUGCCCCUUCUUAGUUCUACAAGCUUUCAUGAACAUUAGAGGUCACAGUUCACCUGCAGAACCCUUGUUUUCAUUCAUGGAUGGUUCCCCAGUUUCUCGUCAGUUUUUUACUGAACACUUAAAGUUGUCCCUGACAUUCUGUGGUCUAGAUAUAAACAAGUACCAAUCGCAUAGUUUCCGGAUUGGAGCAGCCACGACAGCGGCAGCCUCAGGUUCAUCGGACAUUCAAAUACAAAAUAUGGGCCGCUGGAAAUCUUCAGCGUUUAAGAAAUACAUCAGAAUACCGACCAUGAAAAUCUGAGGUGGAACAGUCCUAUGCCAAACACAAUCCCUAUUCUGAACAGCUUCGGUAUGAACCUUGAAGUCAGGGGCUUCAGGUUCAACACGUGAAUACUUUUUAGACACUGGGCGUUUUCCGAAUCUUGAAGUCAGGGGCUUCAGGUUCAACAUUGCGAAUGAUAUACCGGACACUGCGGGUAUUGAACCUUAAGGACAGGGGCCUUAGGUUCAACGAUGGGAAUUUUCACUCAAAUAUCAGGCACAAUUUAAACCUUGAAGGCAGGGGCUUCAGGUUUAUUUCGUUUAAGAUGGAACUUUAGAUUGAACCGUGGAGACAGGGGCUCCCGGUUUAAUGAUCAUUGCGUAGUUUAUUGGUUGUGUUUAUGUACGUAUUAAAGUUACUUUUACAGUCCCAGUACUUUUUUGCCGGGUGGUGGAUGGGGCAUAUCAAACUGUAGAAGCCACAAGUUUGAUAGGUGGCGGAAGAUACCCCAUCUUUGACACUUUUUGUAUAUACAAUUUGCCAAAUUAUCUUGUCUCAUUACUUUGAUUUAUUCUAGUCUAAAUACUAUGUGUAUGACUUUUUUAUAUUCUAUUUUUAGGGAUGUGGCAUUUUUGUAAUGUUUAACAAGCCACAACUCCCUCUAUUGAAUUAUGGUAUUGUGCUUUUAGUUUGUUGUAUUUUUACUGUUUUAUUUGCAUAAUACUUUGUCAUUUAUUUGUUAAAUAAAUGACCAUUCCAAUUCCUCAACUAUUAGUUGUGUUUUCUUGUGUCAAACUGAGCACCACCCUAGCAGUUAUCCAUAAAUAUACAUUUAUGAACAUAAAACAUUUAUGGAUACUGUUUUCAUAUUUACCGCCAUUGUUUAUAAAUAUAACACUGUUUCCUGUAGUUGCGCGUGCGCAUCCUGAUAGCGUCACUCGCCAUUUUUCAUUCUUUGUUUACAUAUUCCUGUGAAAGUUUUUACCACCUCCCACCCCACCUCCUUUUUCUAGGAUUAUCGUAUUUUUAAUAUCUGGACUAGUGAAUGUUCCCCUUGGUGCGAGGCGGAAGAUACCCCAUCUUUGACACUUUUUGUAUAUACAAUUUGCCAAAUUAUCUUGUCUCAUUACUUUGAUUUAUUCUAGUCUAAAUACUAUGUGUAUGACUUUUUUAUAUUCUAUUUUUAGGGAUGUGGCAUUUUUGUAAUGUUUAACAAGCCACAACUCCCUCUAUUGAAUUAUGGUAUUGUGCUUUUAGUUUGUUGUAUUUUUACUGUUUUAUUUGCAUAAUACUUUGUCAUUUAUUUGUUAAAUAAAUGACCAUUCCAAUUCCUCAA